AUGUCACUUAAGAUACUGAAGCACCUGAGAAUAAAUCCUGUUAAGUAUAAUCCAGACCUCUCCUCGAUGGCACACUGCCCCAAAAAUGAAUACUUUGAUAAUUUGCUGCUCUCUUGUAAGCCUUGUCAUCUUCGAUGCUCCAGUACACCACCGCCUUCAUGUGAAAACUACUGUGAUAAGAGUACUGAUUCAAGUGGAGUUCUUUGGAUUUGUUUGGGCUUAGGAGUAAUUGUAAUGCUCACUCUGUUCACCUUAAUGGUCUUGUUUAAAUGGAAGCACCUAAAGCAACUAAAAGAAAAACUGAAAACCACAGACUCUUCUGUGGAGCUGAAUAAUAUUCUCAAGGAUAAUACUGAAAGCAGUGUGAAUACAGAAGGAAUUAGACACUCACUUCAAAGUGAAACAUUAAUGUAUUCAGUGGAAGAAUGCACUUGCAGUGACUGUGGCUUGGUAAAACCUCAGACUGGCUGUGAAACCUCAUUUCCAUUACCAGCUACAGAAGAAGGAGCUACUGUUCUAGUUACCACAAAAUCUUUUGAUUAUUGCAAUUAUAUUCUGGGUGCUGGGUAA